GCGACAGAAGAGGAUUGCAUCACUCGCCGCGGGCACUGGGAAUCGGGGGGACACGGCCUCACAGCUGUGGACGGUGCCAGGAGAAACCAGGGCUCCCAGCUGAAGCUGCUGUAGCCGGAAUAAAAUCUUUACAGGUCACAAUUCUGAUGUACCAGUGGGGCCAACAGCUCGAGUCAGAUGUGGCUGGCAGGUUUGGGAUGCAAGAGGGGAGUCGAAGGAGAUGGAUGAGCCAGCGAGGAGUGGUCUGAGAUGUACGUGUGUGAGAUGGCGAAGCAGAGAGGAGCUGGCAGUAGACACCUGAGCACGGGGACAGAGCAGCACGGGACUGCAGGAGGGGUGCACAGCACCCAGGCUGGAGAAUUUGUACAGAAAGUCCUCGGGCUUUGUCUUCAUACCAGCAGUUCCUCCAACUGGAAGCCUGUUCCUUUGGUUCCCAGACUAAAUAUAAUCAUGACCUGCUUAUCUUUGCUUGAGUUUGGGCCAUGAUUUUGCAAAAAUCUAACACCCAGCCCACGUAUGUACUUGAAAUGCUGUCUCAUAUCAGAUGCUUAGACCAAAUCCUGCAAUUCUUGCACGUAGGAAAAAAACUCCCAGUGACUUUGGUGACCCUAUUCCCCAUAUAAUGUUGCAAUAAGGGCUUGGAGGCUUGGCCCACUGCAGACCAGCUCCUUAUUCCAGCAGCUCCUGCCUUCUCAGCCAUGUACCCACAUAGUCCAGCCGUUAGUCCAGCAGCAGCAUGAGGUGAGUUACGUACUGGAGAUUCAAAGCGGUGCUUUCCAUCCCUGCAAUAAUGCUGCUGUAAAUGCAAAACCGCCUGCCUUCACGUUUGUCCUGGGGCUCUGCAGAAGUUAAGAUUCAAGCACGCUCCAGCUGAGAACUUACAAAAUAGCAGCAGGGGGUUUGCAUCACCAGCAAGUUCGGUCACAGCAGAGCUCUGGCUUCCUCCGUCCCCCUGCCGCGGUGCUUCCCUCGCUGCAGGAAGCAGCGCGGGAGGAAAGGUUGCUCUGGGUUGCACCCAGCCCCUGCCCUCGGUGGAAGUGCUGCUGACGUGCCGCCCAUCCGUUUCGGCAGCGGGUUCCUUGAAACAUAGCACCGUGCCCACUACAGUCUCACACCGUGAGCUCAUACGCUUGUCAGAUGGAGAUGAAAGCUCCCCAGCACUAACAGCAGCAACACUCAAACCUCUGAAUUCAGCUUUGAAGAUAGCAGCCCACAAAGCUACGGAGGCUGGCUCCUUUCUGCUUCAUCCUGUGCUGACUCAGUGGGACGAUUUACAUCCUACAGCUGUUUUUACAAGGAAAGAAUGAAAAAAACAUCAUUUUUUUUUACUAGAUUCUUGGGUUCUCAAGAACUGUUUGCAGAAAGCCUGGCUAAGUUUCCAUGCCCAUUUAUCCCUUGGCUUAUUUGAUAAGCUUUCCAGCAGGAAAGAUUUUAAUUCCUUUUUAUGCCAAAUUAUUUUUUCACAGCUGUGACAUGCGAUGAUUCCGCCCAAUAAUUUAGGCUCAAAAUUUGACCUAUAUUGAAUGUCGUAAGAUGCUAAGGAUGUUCUUAGGAUUUUAAGGGGAGACUUUGUACUGCACCGUAUUAUUUUAAUAGCUUUUAAUGAAAGCCUACAAGAAAACAGUGUAUGUUUCCAAUCUUAUUACUAUUAGUAUUAAGUACUGUUAAUACUAUAAGACAAACAUUGAUGUCCUACUUGUAACUGUAUGUAACAACAAAAAUAAAAGGAUCUUAUGAAACAGUCAUAUGAAAAGACUUAGCACCUGUGUGCAUUUUAUCAGACAGUUUCAAAAUCUGUUCUUUAUUCCAUUCCCACAUUUCAGGUCAUACCAUUAAACAUCAGUUUGACUGCUGGUGGAAAAUGUGAACAAUUUUUAGAAGAUGUCACGUAGCUUUUUUAAAACCAGGACCCUGGCUGGCAAAAGCAAUUAUCAUUCCGCGGGUCUAGCAUUGCAAACACACAAACUCCUGCCUAACUAUAAAUGUCUCAGUAGUCCCCUGCUCACGGCACAUUGGGGCUCUUGCCUGCAGCAUCGGGAGCACCCACUGCUUGGAGCAUGCAUGAGAGGAAGCACAGCGUGGCUGCAGGGCCAGGCAAUCUGUGGGGCCACCAGCGCCCAUCCUGCUGUGCACGGCACCAGCAGCUUUGUCGCUCUUGCAAAACUCAGGUCACAUCUGCAGGGCCCAGCAACGUCCUCCAAGGGUGGCAGAAAGGGCACAGCUCCCCUACUUGGCAAGCGCUCGGAGCAUCAUCCCGGGACGUGGCAGACAUCAGCUCAAGUGCCUAAGGGGUAUGUUUACUCUGUGCAGUAUAAACACGAGCCUGGGAAGCAGUGUGCCGCGCAGACACGUCUUGAGUCACUCUGUGGAGAUAAUACCAAGUUUAUGUUCCUCCAGAUCCCCACCGAGGCUUCUCCAGGUCCGCCUUUCCCAUAUACGGCCCCGCUCAGCACCGCACUGCCUCAGCUUUGCUUUGGCAGCCUGGGAGCACGGCCAUUCAUCGCUGGGAGCAGGUUUCGGGUGCUGUCGAAGGCGUUUUAUCUCCCAGCGCUGCUCUCUAGACUUUUUAGAAGACAUAGUGGAAUAUGCCAGUGUACAAAGAACCAAGAAUAUAUCUGGGUCUCCGAGGCACAAAAGUUUGAAGAAGAUGCACUUCAUCAAGAACAUGAGGCAGUAUGACACAAAAAACAGCAGGAUAGUAUUAAUCUGUGCUAAACGAACACUGUGUGUGGCUUUUUCGAUCCUACCUUACGGGGAGACUUUACGAAUCAGUGAUCUAAAAAUGGAAGGACAGAAGCAGCGACAUCCUUCUGGGGGAGUUUCAGUCUCCACUGAGAUGGUCCUUGGAAUGGAAGGAGUAGAGCUAGGUGCUGACGGCAAGGUUGUGUCCUAUGCAAAAUUCCUGUAUCCAACCAAUGCCCUAGUUGUUCGUAAAGCUGACAGCCACAGCGCCGUUCCUUCAUGUCGAGCUAGUGCUUCACGGAGUCUUCCUGGAUCAAGAUACAAACCUGUGACAGCAAAAACUAUUCCAGCAGGAACAGAGCUUGGAAGUGAAGCUGGGGAAGCAGCAGAGUACGAUCCAAAUCUUCUGGAUGACCCUCAGUGGCCCUGUGGAAAACACAAACGUGUUCUCAUCUUUGCUUCUUACAUGACAACAGUCAUAGAAUAUGUGAAGCCCUCAGACCUGAAGAAGGAUAUGAACGAAACCUUUAGAGAGAAGUUUCCUCAUAUCAAGUUGACACUGAGCAAAAUUAGGAGUUUAAAGAGAGAAAUGCGGAAUCUGAGUGAAGAAUGCAAUCUGGAGCCAGUUACUGUGUCCAUGGCUUACGUUUACUUUGAGAAGCUCGUUCUCCAAGGCAAACUUAACAAACAGAACCGCAAACUGUGCGCUGGUGCUUGCGUUCUGCUUGCAGCCAAGAUCAGCAGUGAUCUCAGGAAACACGAAGUCAAACACCUUAUAGAUAAAUUAGAAGAGAGAUUCAGAUUCAACAGAAGAGAUCUCAUUGGUUUUGAAUUCACCGUUCUUGUAGCUUUGGAACUGGCUCUCUAUCUUCCUGAAAACCAGGUUUUACCUCAUUACAGACGGCUCACACAACAGUCUUAACCAAAGCUACUUUCCAGCUGAUAGCGUCACUGAACACGGUUGCUGAAGUUGCUGCUGGCCUUUCUGUGCCACUGUGUGCAUCCUGCUAUGGCUACAGCUAGUUUUGAAGUCUGCGACGUGUGUGUGAACUGUCAGCGUGUGCAUUAUGGACACACAUGCCAAGACUGGGAGAUGGUACGAGAAGAGUUGUUGAACUUUAUUUUCUUUCGGACAUUUGAAGCACAAAUAUUCACCAGUUAGCUGUUAUGGCUGCUGAUUAUUCCUUAUUUAUCUUUUCAGUUUUACUAAAACUGUUCUUCCCUAUGAAGAAUCCUACGGUAUUGUUUCUUUUUUUUAAGCCUUUAUUGUAUUCCUCGAAACUAAAGGAAGCAUCACUUCCAUUCCAGUGCACCAUAAAGUUCAGAUGUUUCCAAGAAUCUUUUUGCAUUUUUACAUUAGUGAAACACAUACUUUAUUUUUUUUUGAAGAUGUGCCUAAAACUGGCUGGUCUGGUACCAGUACUUUUUAAGUUAGUUAUGUUAUUUAGUGGGAAAUUCUGAAUUUAUAUAGCCAUUUAUUCUUUACCUGCAUUGGCCUUGCAUAUAAGGAAAAUAGUUCCAGUAUAUCUGCACUAAUGAUACACGGGGCAUCUAUACUAUAUAGCUAGAUUGAAAUUACUGUUUCAAUUUAGUUAACUAUAGUAUUUUAAGAUUAUACACUUUAUUUAAAAAGUAAAGAUUGAUUCAAAAUCUGUCAUGAAAUACCACCUGUUGAACAAGGUAGCUGCAAAGUGAUUGCCAUCCUAAUCCACUCUUAAAUGGAAGAUGAGUGCUUUUAACUAAGAACAACUUGCUGUAAAAUGUAUAAUUUCUGUUUUUGAUUUGUUUGUGUUUUGUAGUCUGAAAUAAGCACCUUUUUAGUAUGACUGUAUUAUAUAUGGUCUUAGUGCUCUGAGCAAGUACGUAAGUCAGUGGAGCUAUUCCUGCCAAACUAAGCCAGUGAAACAAAGCAUGCUCAAUAUUUAAAAUGCUACUUUUUAAAACUCCGUUCUUCCAAGCAUUGCGUCACUGUGAUGGUCCUCAAAACUAGCAUUUGUUGCACAUCGGAACAGCCACUUAACAGCUGGUGCCAGGCAGCAUUCUAAUGCUUAUGCCAGAGGUUAAAUAACUUCUUUGACCAUUGGCUAUUCCUUCAUUUAUUUUUAAAAUAUCCAGGUUGGGAAUGAACUCUGAUUAUGUGUGGAACCUUCUGUGACAUUGGCUCUUGGUUUUGUUUUCUGAAGCAAUAUUAUGAUACAAGUAACUGUCUAUUUGCAAGAAACAAAACUGAUGCUUGGCUGUUAUGACUGAGAAAUUUGUAAUUUGUUUGACUCCCAAAUGAAAUACUAGACCUCAUAAGGUUACCUGCUAUCUAAUAUGUAAAGUAAUGUAAAUUGCUGUUCCUUGUAUUAAAUGUUGGUUUUAGGCAAAAACAAAGCUGGAUCUUUGUUCUUCAGCUGUGUUUUGCCUAAAGCUGAUUAGUCGUCAUUAGAGUUGCACCAAAACUAUACUGGAGCCCUUUCCUCUUUAAGUAGGGCUCAAAAUGUAUCUUUUCAUAUAAUAACUACAGUGACUAUCAAAUCUUUUGUAACUGUGUUCAACUGUGUGUAGCUUCAAGUUAUUUGUGUAAACUUAAUAUGGUUCUGACUUCUCUUUAACACAGAAGGACUUUCCAGUCUCUGUAAGUGAGAUGGUAGGCGUUAAGUUAGACAAUAACCUUGCCAGUUAUCUUCCAAAAGGUUUAGAAAAAUGUCUACUAGUUCAGCUUUCUACUGAAUAUAACUGUUAUCGCAUGCAAGAAAUAGCAAUGUACUAAACAUCUAGAAUAUAGAGAGCGUUGAAAUUAGAAAAAUGUGGUAAACACAACGAAAGUGGUCCACCACUUCCUAUACUCAUUGUGUGAGGGGAAAGAGCUAGAACUGAGUAAAGAAACUCCUCACAAGGUAUCUCCAGAAAUAGUAAAACACUUCAUUUAGUGUAAAUGAAGUCGCAAAAUGUCCUUCUUUGGAGACUUCCUUCUAUUUAGUGUAUAAAGUUUUCUGUAGCAACUUUCUCAGACAUCUAGAGAAAAAUGUAUUUAUUUUUGGAACAGUUCAGUCUCUAUUCAGUGGAAGUUUGUCUAGUUGCAGUGGGCAUUUGGGCAAGAGAUCCCCUCCCAGAAUGGAAGGUAUGGUUUCACAUGAUAAAUGGGAAAGCUUUGGGGUUUGGUUAUUUAGUUUGCAUUUUCUUCAGAAGAACAGCUUAGGGUAAGGAAUACUAAAUGCCAGAACGCUGAAUGCUGUUUAAAGGUAACUGUGAACGUUGGCUCAGGCCCACACAGCAUUGCUGAGCUCGGAAGCUCGGGACACCAUGAAGCAAACGCUGUCCUGGCGCUUCUCAAACGGGCAGGGGCAGUGUUUGAGCAGCGCUGUAGGAUGCGGGCCUCUGGCUGACAGCAUCCAGCUGCUGGGCCUGCGACUUGUAAAUUGGUACCGCUGUCGUGGUGCCUCUGCAGGAGCUGUCACUUCUGCAGGGUAUGCAAGCUGUGUGUGUCUGUUAAUUUCUCUGUAGCUAGAGUGUAGUUUGCAGUCCUGUUCAAUUCUGCCUGUGUGGUAAUAUUUAUCUUCUCACCUAAAAGCUGCCACCAUGUGGCAAGGGACUAUUCCUACAUUACCAAUUAAUAAACUGAGAGGGGGACCCUCACGAAGUGUGUUCACCGGCAUUUCUUCUCCCCAAGGAGCUCCUGUUACUUCAGAGGGAAGCAGCAAGUGCCCCAUGAAGAUGACAAGAGCGAGAUGUUCCUGUCUACACCCGACUCCGUUACGGUUUCUGUCCUAGUGUGUUAUUUAAGUUCCUCACUUGCUGCCCGUUCCCUAUUCCUCCCUGUCCAUGCCCUUGUGAACCCACGAUGCUGUGAAAUAAACCCGUUUUUAUACGUGUUUUGUAACCAAA